AUGCAGUGUUACACUGAAAUCGCGCCACCGACCGCCGUUAGCCAUGCUGUCAACCUUCCUUUCCUCGCAUCGAGGGCGAACAAUCUGGUCGUCGCGAGGAAUUCGUUACUGCAGAUCUUCGAGCUCAAGUCCACUGUGACUGGCGCAGCCUCGAGUGACGAUGCGACGGAGAAUGCAGGCCCGCUGCUAGACACCGAGGCGGUGGAUCUGCCCCUGCAGCGGACAGAGAACACGACGAAGUUGGUGCUGGUGGGCGAAUAUCCCCUGGCCGGCACCGUAAUAUCGCUGGCGAGGGUGAAAGUGCUCAACGCGAAGUCAAAGGCGGAGGCGUUGCUGGUGGCAUUUCGAGACGCAAAGCUCAGCUUAGUGGAAUGGGACCCGGAGACGUACAACCUCCAUACCAUAUCAAUACACUACUAUGAGAAUCCAGACUUGCCUGGGAUAUCGCCUUGGUCCACUGAGCUCAAAGACACGUAUAACUUCUUGACGGCAGACCCGAGCAACCGAUGCGCUGCUCUCAAGUUCGGCGUGCACAAUCUUGCUAUCUUGCCCUUUAGGCAGCGGGAUGUGUUCGAGGAGGAAGAUGACUUUGACAUGGACGCUCAGAAAGACGCCAAAAUGCGAGAUGCGAAUGGCACUGAGUCCGAGCAAAAGACACCCUACUCUGCCUCCUUUGUGCUACCUCUCACAUCUCUCGACCCUACCUUGACCCAUCCUGUGCACCUCGCCUUCUUGCACGAGUCCCGCGAACCCACCUUUGGUAUAAUCGCCUCGUCGAAAGCCACAGCACCGUCUCUGCUCCCCGAGCGGAAAGACCACCUCACGUACACUGUCUUUUCUCUCGACCUCGGAGACAAGUCGUCCACAAUACUCCACAGCGUACAUGGAUUGCCUUACGACCUUACGCGGGUUAUACCCCUACCAUCGCCAAUUGGUGGAGCAUUACUCCUCGGAAGCAAUGAGAUCAUACAUGUGGAUGUGGCAGGAAAGACAACAGGAGUGGCCGUGAACGAGUUCGCCAAGUCAAGCACGGCGUUCUCCCUGAAAGACCAGACGGACCUUGCUCUGCAUCUCGAAGGCUGCAACAUCGAGCUCUUGUCAGCAGACACAGGCGAUGUACUCAUCGUCUUGAACAAUGGCAAAAUACUCACUUUGACCUUCACGCUCGACGGUCGGACUGUGUCGGCGAUGACUGUACAGCGCGUUACUGCAGAUCAUGGCGGUGAAAUUUUGAGCUCGGCAGCAUCAUGCUUGUCGAACUUGGGACGCGGGAGAAUUUUCGUGGGCAGCGAAGAUGGUGACUCUGUUCUGCUAGGCUGGCAAGCCGCAGGUAAAACCGGAUCGCUGGCUAGGAAGGCAUCGGAAGUCGGGACGGAUGACGAUAUGGAUGUUGAAGAGGACGAAGAGGUUGACGACCUCGACGAUGACCUCUAUAACGACACAGCACCGGCAGUGAAAAAGAUCACUGCUGCUGCUGCUGAACCUACAGCUCCAGGCAGCUACACGUUCAGAAUACACGAUACCCUGCCUAGUAUUGCUCCGAUAAAGGACACCAUACUACACACAGAUGCAGCGGCACAAUACCCCACCACUGGGGAAAUCAUGGUCGCCUGCGGACGAGGUGCUGCUGGAAAUAUCACUGCACUCAAUCGCGAAAUUCACCCCACCAAUCUUGCUCAGAUCGACCUACCAUCUGCGAAGGGUUUAUGGGCUGUGCACGCCAGGCAACAAGCCCCUGGUGGGAUCACAGCUGAUUUUGGCGAAGAUGCGGAAGCGAACAUGUCUGCGGACGCCGACUAUGACCAGUAUUUAGUCGUUAGCAAAAUAGACGAAGAUGGUAGUGAGAGUACGGUCGUUUACGAAGUCAGCGGGAAAGAACUGGAAGAGACCAGCAAAGGCGACUUUGAACGAGAAGAAGGCUCAACCUUGAGUGUCGGAACGCUUGCGAAGGGAACUAAGAUCGUUCAGAUCAUGCAGAGCGAGGCCAGAACUUAUGACUCCGAUUUGAACAUGGAGCAAAUCAUUACCAUGGAGGACGACGAGGGUAACGACGGGCUCCACAUACUGAAUGCCACGUUCGCCGAUCCGUACAUGCUCAUCUUGAGAGAAAAUUCUAGCGUCAAGUUGUACCAAGCCAGCGGUGAUGGCGAAGUGGAAGAAGUCGAGGCCAGCGGGCUUGUUUCGACCCAAUGGUUGUCUGCGUCUCUCUACAAGUCCUCGGCGUCCAGUGAGAUCUAUGCAUUUCUCUUGACACAUCAGGGUGGCCUCCAUGUUUUUGCAACGUCCGACAUGAGCAAACCUAUAUAUGUCGCUGAAGGCUUAGCUUUCCUGCCUCCAUUCCUUACCGCAGACUACUACCCGAAACGGAGUACGUCCAAAGCGACCAUCACCGAGAUCAUCGCGGCGGACAUUGGUGACUCGACAUCGCGUUCGCCACACCUAAUUGUUCGCAAUUCUACCGACGAUCUUAUCAUAUACAAAGCUUUCCACUACCCUGCAAGAUCAGCAUCUGAUCCUUGGACCACGAACCUGAGGUGGAUAAAGCUAUCGCAGCAGCAUCUACCCAAAUAUACAGACGAACUAGACUCGACAGACGCUGAAGUUGGAUUGAGAAGUACUCUGGUAGCGCUGGAUGAUGUCUGCGGAUACAGCACGGUGUUCCAGAAGGGCACAUCUCCUGCAUUCAUCCUCAAGGAGGCUUCUAGUGCACCACGCGUCAUUGGCUUGCACGGUAAAGCUGUCAAAGGAUUGACGCGAUUCAACACCUCUGCGUGCCAGAAAGGUCUCGCGUAUCUCGACGCUGAUGACACCUUGAGGAUCUCGCAGCUUCCCGCUCAGACCCACUACGGGCAUCUCGGAUGGGCGGCACGCAAGAUGCCCCUGGGCUCCGAAAUACAUGCAUUCUCUUACCAUCCUAGAGGCUUGUACGUCGUCGGUACCGGCCAGCAAGAAGAGUACAUGCUACAAGACGAUACAUACCACUACGAGUGGAAGCCAGAAGAUAUAACUUUCAAACCGCACGUCGAGACGGGCGUCCUCAAAGUUAUCGACGAACAGACUUGGUCCGUUAUCGACACGCACGUUCUUGAUCCCCAGGAAGUAGUUCUCUGCAUCAAGACACUCAAUCUCGAGGUCUCCGAGACCACACAUGAGCGCAAGCAACUGAUUGCAGUCGGCACAUCUACCGUGCAUGGCGAAGACCUGGCUACCAAAGGCUGCAUCCGCAUCUUUGAAGUCAUCACCGUGGUUCCUGAGCCAGACCGACCGGAGACGAACAGGCGAUUACGCCUCAUCGUCAAAGACGAAGUCAAAGGCGCCGUGUCUGCCGUUUCCGAGCUCGGGUCACAAGGCUUCCUCAUCAUGGCACAGGGCCAGAAGUGCAUGGUCCGCGGCCUCAAGGAAGAUGGCACGUUGCUGCCGGUAGCUUUCAUGGACAUGCAGUGCUACGUCACCUUUUUGAAGACGCUCCCAGGCACAGGCAUGCUCAUGAUGGGCGACGCUUUCAAAGGCCUUUGGUUCACAGGAUACACUAGCCCUACAAAAUGCUCCUCUUCGGGCGCUCCAAAAACCACCUCGAAGCCCUCACCGGCGACUUCCUUCCGCACCCCCUCCAAAUCCCUCUCCCUCGUCGUCGCAGACGCAGACAUGAACCUCCAAAUCCUCGCCUUCGACCCAGACAAUCCGAAGUCUCUCAGCGGCAUCCGCCUUCUGCAUAGAGGCACCUUCCACACAGGCCACUUCCCCUCCACAACGCACCUGCUCACCUCCAGCUUGGCCAUCCCCGCCGCCCCCAGCUCGACUUUCGACGCUGCAGAGCCGGAACAGGGCGCCACGACAACACAUCAGAUUCUACACACGACCCAAUCGGGCACGUUGGCGCUGCUCACGCCCCUCGGCGAAUCUACGUACCGUCGCCUCGCUAGCUUGACUACCUACCUCGCCAACACGCUCGACUCGCCGUGCGGACUGAACCCCAAAGCGUGGCGUGUGGGCGCUGGGGACGUGGGUGAGGGAGGCAAGGGAGUCGGCAGAGAGAAGGAUUAG